UCCUCAGUCGGACAGCAGUCCGAUUUUCAAGUUGACAGAAAAGAGUAAAAAAAAAAAAACAUCAAAAGUGAGUUUAUUGCUGUUUCAACAUUUAUGCCGAUCCUUUUGCGGCCGAUACUGAUGUUGGAAAAACAAAACAUCGACGAUUUGCCUUUAUUUCCUUUUAAACACCGAUAGUAUCGAAAGUGACACAGUUGUUUUUGCAUUUUUUGUCAAAUGCCACAUUCAGUAUAAAUAAUUACAACUACGCCUAGUCCUACGUGUCUCCAAUAAAUCCACUGCCCGAGACCACUGCUCUCCGGCAGUUGUGCGCCCCGUUGCGACCACAACGAAGACACCAUCUUGGCGUGCGUGGAGUGGCACGAGCACCAAGGAGAGGGGCAGGAGCUGAGCUGAGACAGGGGGCGGAGGAGGAGGAGAAGGAGCUGGAACAGUAGGCAACCGCGAGGGCAACGAGAAGGCGAACAAGGAACGAGAAAAUGGCUGGAUCCGCACUGCGCCGCCUAAUGGCGGAAUACAAACAGUUAACACUCGACCCGCCCGAGGGCAUUGUGGCCGGACCGAUCAGCGAAGACAACUUCUUUGAGUGGGAGGCCCUGAUUGCCGGACCCGAGGGCACUUGCUUCGAGGGCGGCGUCUUUCCCGCCCGCUUGGUCUUUCCACCUGACUACCCACUGAGUCCGCCAAAAAUGAAAUUCACUUGUGAUAUGUUCCAUCCCAACAUUUUCGCCGAUGGCCGCGUCUGCAUAUCAAUAUUACACGCUCCCGGCGAUGAUCCCAUGGGCUACGAGCUGUCCGCGGAGCGCUGGAGUCCCGUGCAGAGCGUUGAAAAGAUCUUGCUCAGCGUGGUGAGCAUGCUGGCGGAGCCCAACGAUGAGAGCGGCGCCAAUGUCGAUGCGGCCAUCAUGUGGCGCGAGAGGAGAGAGGAGUUCAACAGCAUCGCCCGACGACUGGUCCGCAAGACCCUUGGAUUGCCGCAGUAGAGGUCUCUGCUGCCACAACCCUCACCUAAACCAACACACGAUUCCCAGAUUGAGCUAAAACCACAGUUCCCUCAAAAAGUCCACUGAACUCCUGGCUGACACAGACACAAUAACAAAAAGACGUAUCACCUUAGCCGAAAAGCAACAACCUUGAAGUAACAUCGACAUAAGCCCCCUAAGUUGUAAGACGGCCAUUGGUAUCCUCUUUUUUCAGGCUCUACAGUAUGUGAGCCAGCUAAGAACUCCCCUAUUAUAUUAUGAGGAGACGGUUGAACAUUGUUGCAAGUUCGUAAAAAAAAAACAGCCUACAUAUAUUUCCUAUUAAUAAAUGUUUAUUUUUUAUGUUUGAAGCAGAGCUCGCCGAAUAUCUGAGCAGCAAAACCUAUUUCGUUUCGUUCGGAUCCCGGGUCUCUCCCACAUCCUUACACUGCACAAUAUUAUUAAGUUGAAAAGACAGAAAGAGUGCACUCUUAAAUUGCUAGUUUCGGUUUAUUUUCAUCUGUUAUUUCUAUGUUCUGUAUGUUCUAUAUCGUUUAAGUAACUUGAAUCGCUUCUGUGUAAUCAUAUAUAUGUAUAUUUUUACUACAUGUUUGUAAAUGUCUUCAUUUGAUUAAGUAAAUUGAUUAAUGUGUACACUUUGAUAA